AUGGAACUAACACUAACGGAUGUUGUCUUCUUUGAUCUAGAUGGCACGUUUUUCGACCAUUGUCACUUACUGCGGAUAGCCAUAUCCGCUAUACAGAGAAAAUAUACUGGUCUCGCCGGGGGAAAUGUUGAGGAGCUGAUCAAUCAGUACAAGAUCGCUCUUCAACAAGCUUAUGAUAAUUACCUGGACAAGAUAAUUACAUACGAAGAGGUGGACAUUCAGAAGAUCCGCCUGUUUUUUGCAGCACUUGGCCUCUACGAACCCAGCCCUGAGGAAGUCAAAAAGUUCCGUGCUAGGUACAAAGCAGUGUACAGAGAAAAUCGGAGAGCAGCCCCAGGAAGUAUUGAGACUCUGGCCCGACUGCGCGAACAUGGAUACCGCAUUGAUAUGAUUACCAACGGGCAAAUGGAAGAUCAGUCACCCAAGACCACGGCCAUUGAACCGCAUCAUCACCCCCAAGGAAACUGGGUAUCCAAAGAGACCGUGGACUUUCUUGCUGAAAAUAUGGGCCAGAUACUCGCUGGCGUUGCCGAGAAACGCUACAUCGCUGCCACGUCACAUUGA